CGCGCCAGUGCGCGCUGUGCGUGUGUUCUGGUGUUUCCGCCAGUGGUGUGUGGUCUCCGCAUUCGGAAAUGAUCCACAACCUCUACAUAUUCAGUCGGAACGGCACAUUUCUUUAUUAUGGAGAAUGGAAGCGAAACAAGAACUCAGGAAUGUCAAGAGAAGAGGAGGCGAAGCUUAUGUAUGGCAUGAUCUACUCUCUCAAAUCCUUCAUUGCCAAGAUAGCACCGACUGACAAUGCAGACGCUGGAUUCCUGAGCUUCAAGACCAACAAGUACAAGCUCAACUUCUACGAGACCCCGUCGGGCCUAAAGUUCAUCAUGAACACAGACACAAACGCUGCAAAUGUCCGGGAAGUUCUGCACAACUUGUAUCAUCAGGUAUAUGUCGAGUAUGUUGUGAAGAAUCCCGAGUGCCAGCUCGGAAGGCCGAUCACAAGCGAGCUGUUCAGGGAACAGCUCAACUCGUUCAUUGCAAAAUGUUCUCUCGCCAAAUAAAAUCUAAAAGAAAUUGUUUUACA